AUGGCCAACCGAUCAGAAGCCAGCUUCAAUCGGAAAGCGAGAGACGAGGCUCGAUUCGUAUGUCCUUUCAACUAGGUAUGCGAGAAUUAAACUUAUUACGGUCGUUACGACGUGCAUGAAACAACACUUACAGCAGCCUAACCAUAAAACUUUUGUUGUAGGGGAUGUUAAAGACUCACUCUAGUUGACUAAAUCAGGGAAUGGGAAAGGCCAUCUCUAACGCAGUUGUGGCCAACCUGAGUAAGAGCGGCACCGGAUAUAGGCCCACUACGCAUUUUGAACGAUCUUAAAUGUGCCGGUGAUAGGUCGAAUUUCUGCUCCAGUAGAUGCUCGUUAUGCCAAGGACAGUGGUUAUAUGACUAUCCAACCCCACCUAAUACACGCAGAAGGCGUUUACGCAAGCCCCCCCCCGCAUAAGGGGGCUGAAUCCCAUAUAUUCGUAUAUGCAUCCUGCCAUGCAGAGAAGCAACGACCAAACACAAGCGCAACCCGCUGACACUUUGAUCCAAAGUAAAGCUCGAUCACAAUUCUUCUCCCUUAGUCAGACAUACCCAGGCAUUCAGACAUAGCCACCCAUUUAUCGUUAUUUGUGGUUGACCUAAUGUAACGUGUAUUACUUCAGGAUCCUAAAUUCGAGUUUGGUGAUGAAGAACUGUAAACACAUGUACGUUGGCUUUAGCUUCUCCAAUGCCUGUGCGCGUGUCCCUGUUGAAAUAUUACUUAUUCUUCGGCAGAUAGUUGUAAUGUGUGCGCAAAUAGUUUUAGUGGGCUAAAAUAGAGGCGACGAAGGUGAGUGAGUCCGCCGUUGGAUGCGUUUCGCUAUUCCCUGCCCUUGACUUAGUUUAUGAUUUAGCUUUGGUUGAGGGACUCAUUAUAUAUUUUAUUCUCUGGAUUAUGCGCAAAACAGUGGACCUGCAUAAGUCCUAGUUCUUCAUACCUAAUCUACGAUUAUCUCUUGAAAUGCGUUCUAGCACAAUUCUGCUAGGACGUACAAGAGGGUAACCUCUUGUGCACAGUUUAGAAAUUAUUCUACUAACCCACUUGAUUGCUGACACAGAAAUCUUAAGCUUCGCUUCUUUGAAACUACCACAACUGGCUGUUAACAUGAAUUGUAUCCAGCACUUCCUUGUUCUUCUGUUCACCACACCCUGGGCUAGCCCCUACGGUUGCUCGGCGGCUAGUUUUGUCUUUGGAUGACCUUUGUCAGCAGUCCCCACAGGCACAGCAUUCUUCCUGUUUCUAUGUGUGCACCAGCAAUCGUUGGUGUAUCCACGUAGUAACGGAAAAGAUUGUCCUCUGCAUGCUGCGUUUGUCCGGCUACAAAUUGAUUACCACUUAAGGGCGUGGUCUCCGUGCCUUAUGCGGCAUACGAAAGUUUUAGAUAAGGUUAAGGGUCCAGCGACUAAGAUUGUCCGCUUCCUUCACUAUCGAAACCCAAGGGAAAACGCCUGCCAGACUCAUUAGCUCCAGGCCUCAUGAACUUUGGGAAGAACCCCAAAAUACCGCACGUUUGAGUAGUUUAACAAAGACGAAUUGUACUCCACACCUGCUGCCUCUUAGUGUCUUAUGGGUUUGUUUAAAACUAGCGCAUUGUUACCUCUCCUACAGCGCAGUCAAUUAAAGCUUGCUUACUGGGUUUAUAUAACGAAUAGUGCGGACAAGCUUGGUUGCCUGAUCAUUAACCUUAUAAAGAACCUCGAUAUCUCGCGUGGUGCAGGAAGACCACACCGGUAAACGAGUUGUAGCCGAACAAAUAUUGCAUGUAUCAGACGAAGGUUUUCACGUGAGAUGAUGGAAACGCCAACGAAUAAAGAAAGACUGCUUCCGCCUCAUGGCGGCAGCCUGGGAGCAUUGUUUUGGUAACCAUAAACUAUGGCAAAUUAAAACUUGCAUAUGGGCGGCAGGUCGCGUUCAUUUGAUGGCCUCAUCAGCUGACAACACGCAAAGAAAUAUCUUGAUCUAACUGGAAGUUGAUUUCGAGGAAGUGCCAUUUCUGCGCAUUCGCCGCAAGAUUCCGUUACUCAACAUAUUCGAACAGGAUUCUCGGGGAUAAAGUAUGGUUAACUGGCUGGUACAGAAGUUUGUAAGACGGAAACGGUUCAUUUGGGUAGUUUUGAGGACAGAGUUGGACGUUUACUAUUUUAACUGGUCAAAUACCCGUCCCAUGGGGAUCUCUGGUAUAAAACCCAGAUUGAGCACCGACGUGUAUUCGUCACGGGUUAAUUUUACUGAAGACCGGCAGUGUGUUGGAAAAAAGCACCUGAACGGCUCUCAAUGGAAAUUAAUGCGGACAGGAUGGCUACGCGGGAAAAAUACGUUUUAGCCUUCGAUAUUUCUAUUUCCACUAAUCACGCGUUGGCCUGGUCCUACCAGUUGCAUACCCCUCCUAUUCCAGGCUUAGAAAUCGGCUUUGCGUCGAAAAUAUUUGCAUUUACGAAGAAGUAUUCGAUUGGUGUAGUUAUUGUAACCCCCUUCUCCCCCCUCCCGCGAAUGCCCGUCUUGUUGUUCACGUCAAAUUUUAACCUCUUUCAUCCGUGUAACUUUCUGUUUCUCCUUCCCAGAUGGCUUCCGAAUCCGUUCACACUAUUCAUCUUCCAGCCCCCAAGGCAGUUUCCCCAUUCAUCAGGACAGCUCGAUGGGGUCUUCUGCUUGCCGGAGUCUUAUAUGGAGCUCUUCGACUAAAGUAUCUCCAGGUCCGGGAGGUGAAAAUCCAAAAGAAGAACCAUGCCAUCAUAGCUAAGAGAAAGGCGGACCACGAUAUGUGGUGCCAAUACCGGUCCGAGCAAUCAAUGAAGCAGCUACUGAAGGAAAGCGGCCUCGAUGAAGCAUAG